AUUUCUCGCCAUUUGCGACGGAUCAGUUGGAUCUCGUUGCCUAAUUUAUUACAAUUGUCUGACCUGAAAAAGGUCCAGCAAGGCGCGACAUCUGACCUUCACCUCACUCUUCCCUCUUCGCUCUCUCCUGCGUCGCAUAACGAACGCUCCCUUCCAGUCGCAGACUCUCGUCGCGUUCAGACAACAGGUUUAAAUUUCCUGGUCGCCUUUCUUCGACCACUCACCCUUCCAUUCCCUUUCAUAAAUACUACUCCCAUCGUGUGUCGCAUUUGGGCAUCACUCGGUCUAGCGUCUCCCCCAGAACAGCUCGUCCGCCCGAUUCCUUUGACGCCAUCUCCCCCUCUCACCGACUUCUUGCAACCCAACCAGAGUCGCGCAACGACUCAAGAGCGGGGUCAACAUGGUCUCUUUCUCCUGCGAGAACUGUGGCGAUAUCCUCACCAAGAAGAAACUCGAUCCCCAUCGCAAUCGCUGUCGUGGUUGCACCUUUACCUGCAUUGAUUGCAUGACCCAUUUUUGGGGCACGGAGUAUCGGUCGCAUACGACGUGCAUGACGGAGGCCCAAAAGUACGAGGGGUCCCUAUAUAAGCCCAAGCCCGAGAAAAACCAACGCCGCAACAACAACAACAACAACAACAAUAGCAACAACAACCAGGGCACGAACAACUCCAAGCAGGCCCCCAAACCCUCCAACGGCCAUCGUGCACCCUACGUCGAGGACGCUCCUGAUGCCGACAACGCCGCGAGCAAAGCCGCUCCCCCGCCGCCUGCUCCAACACCGCCUCCCACUGACACCAAGAAACCGACCCAUGCGACACCCCGCCAGAAAGGCGCCGACCCCGUUAACGUCUUCGAUUUCCUUGUGACCUCGGAGACACCCAACGCGUCCAAGGUCUCCGUAGGUGGUCCUAAAGAGCAGAUGAAGAUGGUGGAUCACGCCCCGUCUGUCUUUGAGACCGGCCAGGCCAUGGCCGAGUUGGGAGCCGACGCCGAUGACGGCGACGACGACGACGACGAUAAAAAUCACGACGUCGCCUACAAGGAGAACGGUUUCUCCUACGGCUCGGGUCCCAUCCCGCCCUCGGUCUACGCCAACAAGGCCGCCCCCACCGUCUCCAUGGAGUUCAUGACCCCCGCCCCGAAGAAGAAGAAGGAUCGCUCCUCGCGCACCGCCGACGGAGCGGUCACCACCAGCGACAAGAAACGCAAGCGUCGCACCGAUGACCACGGCCGCGACAACGUCGACACCCCCAUGGGAGAGGCCCCGUCCAGCGUCGUCAACCACCCCGGCACGCCCAUGCUGAACCACUCCGGCCUCACCGGCGGGCUCAACCGCAUGCUGCGGUCCCCGUCGCUCGACGGCGAAGCCGGCGACGGCCCCUCGGACCACCCGCGCCGCCGCUACCAGGAUCCCUCCUCGCCCAUCAAGCGCACGCGCCGCGACGACAAGGAGCCCGCCGGCGGGGACGCCGGCCUAGGCAUCUCCAUGAAGAACCGAGCCGGCCGACUCGUCUCCUCCAUGUUCGGCGGCUCCGUCGCCUCAACCAGCAGCAACGGCACCGACCCCGCCGCUCGCUCCGCCGCCCGCAGCAGCCGCCGCCGCGGCUCCUCCGACGACGGCCAGAGCGCCGCCGCAGACACCCGCUCCUCCAAAAAGACCAGCCGCGUGCGAGGCGCCCCCGUCGCCGCCCCCGACGACCGCAAAUCCAAGCGAAAGAGCAGCGCGCCAAUCGACGGCGACCGGCCCUCGCGCCGGCUGCGCGAGAUCGAGCACCCGGACUCCGCGCCCCGCGGCGAAGACGGGCACCAGAUGAUCGUCUACGGCCAGCCGAACCACCCCGACGCACUGCAGCAGGAGAUGGCGUCGCACUUCCUGUCGCUCGUGACGAAGGGCCCCGAGAGCGGACGCGGGUUCUCGAUGAACAAGGUGUUGAAGCGGUUCCACCGCGACGUCACGGAUGAGUUUGAUGCUGAUCGGGGACGGGAGACGGGACGGAGCCGUGCGGACCGGGAGAGGCGCUUGGAUGAUGAGAAGGAACUGUGGCGGACGUUACGGGUGAAGCAGAAUGAGAGGGGGGAGAUAGUGCUUUUCUUUUAAAUUGGGUUGAUGUUGAUGUUGACGUUGACGUUGACGAUUGACGAUGGUUGAUGAGAUAUUGAUGCAUAGGGGAUUUAGGUGGAGGCAUUUCAGGCAUAGCAUUGUUUCAAUUCACUGGUUCUAUUAAUU